UACGCUAGUGUGCCAGUUUCUUCCAAUUUCGGUAGUGAGAGUUAAUAGUAGGAUAUUAUUCUACUCCGGUACUCUACCUUUCCAAAAAAAUUACAGAUGGUUGGUAAAAAUUUAUGUUCAUUUAAGUCGUUUCAUUGGUAACUAGUUAAGUAUUAGCUUGCAACACUCUCUGUUAUGUCACCCUAGUGUUGAAGUUUCUAACCUAAAAUUCAAAAUCAUAUACCAAUAAUUCUAAGUAUUACUUUAUUUAUAAAUUAUAAUGGCUCGUAAUAUAGCCGAUAAUGUACGAAAACUGUUAUUGCUUGGACAGUGCGUACCCACAGUCAAGCAGAAUGCCGCUAAAAUUAGAGUAAAGCGGUUAGAAUUAGAUGAGAAUUUAUUGAUGUAUUUCAGAAAAGAUGAAUUCUACUACUGUUCAGAUCCUGAUAAAGUGUGCAAAACAGGAGAUAUUGUCCUCAUAGAAGCUUUACCUCAAAAACUAACUAAACUCAUAACCCACCAAGUAAAAGAGGUUGUAUAUCCAUUUGGCGAUAUUACUGAUCCCGUUACUGGCAAGAAAGUAGCUAAAGAAAAAUAUAGAGAAGACAUUGAGAAACAAUCUGAACUGUAUGGGAAGUUGGAAUCUGCAUUUAAUUACAAGAAAGCCCCACCUCGAGGUUGGCAAGAUGGAAAGAAGGACUUCACUUCCAAACCUACAUACACCAAAUUUCAUGUGUUUGAUGAAAAUGAUCCUUACGCUAUAUAAAUUAAUUGUAAUUUGUAGUAUGUAAAUAAUUAUAAGUAGUCAAGUAUA